CGGAGUGAUUCGCGCUUGUGAGCAGGCUUCACUUGUCAGUCAGACUUUGAACUGUGCACUGGCGCUCAUCGCUGCUUAUCUCUGACCGCUGCUUGUCAUCAAAGACGCUGGCCACUGACACUUACCAUCGACGAGCUCAGAUGUAAAGAUUAGGAUGAACAGUAGCUAAGAGACAGAGGGAGAGAGAUCGAGAGAGAGAGGGGGAGAAAAAAAAGAGGGAAACCCGGAUAGCAGCACUGUAAAAAGGAGCAGAGCGGGGAUUAAACGUUCGCUACGCCGUUUAACGUUCACGUUACUCGGGAGUUGAGAUGGUCCAGACCAGGGAUGUUUUUUUAGCCUUGCUUCUGGUGGGCUGUGCAGUUUCACUGGAGGUCCAGAUCACACCUGCCCAUGGGGAGAUCAGCCUUGGAGAGUCCAAAUUCUUCAUGUGUGAUGUGGUAGGCGUUGCCAAACAGAUGGACUGGUAUGGCCCAAGUGGUGAGCGGAUAGACCCAAAUAGACCAGACUUGAUGGUAACCCGCAACGAUGAGUCAUCCUCCACCCUCACAUUUUAUGAAGCUAAGACUGACAGCGGCGGGACGUACAAGUGUGUCGCUACCAACGGGGACCAGCGAGCGGAGGCAACCAUCAAUGUGAAAAUCUUCCAGAGGAUAACCUUCACAAACGCCCCGUCUCCUCAAGAAUUUAAUGAAGGCGACAACGCGAACAUCGUCUGUGACGUCACCAGCUCCCCUCUACCCACUGUUUUUUGGAAAUAUAAAGGAGCCAAAAUACAGAUGGAAAAAGAUGUUCGUUUCAAGGUACUAGGCAACAAUCACCUUCAAAUCCGUGGCAUAAAGAAGACCGAUGAGGGCAUGUACAUGUGUGAAGCUCGCCUCAUGGCCCGCGGCGAGAUUGAUCUGCGUCCCAUCAGCGUUGUGGUGAAUGUUCUCCCAACCAUCAGAAUAUGGCAGUCAGAAGUGAAUGCCACUGCAGACAUUGCACAGCCUGCCACGUUGACCUGUGCCGUUGACGGCUUCCCUGAACCCAUGGUGACCUGGAUAAGGAAUGGAGUUGAACUCAGAGAUGAAGAGAAGUACAGCUUUAAUGAAGAUGGUUCAGAAAUGACUAUAAUGGAUGUUACCAAACUGGAUGAAGGGGAGUACACGUGCAUCGCCAAGAACAAGGCUGGAGAGAGUGAGAAGGAACUCAGUCUGAGAGUGUUUGUUAAACCCAAAAUCACAUACAUAGUGAACCGGACUGCUACGGAGAUGGAGGAGCAGGUAACUGUGACUUGCGAGGCAUCUGGAGAUCCAACCCCAACCAUCAGCUGGAGCUACGGUGAGCAAGUCUUUGCUGAAGGAGACCAGGCACAUCUAAACAGGAUCUAUCAGGCAUCAUGGACUCGGCCUGAGCAACACAAGAGCCCAGAUGGAAAUGUAGUAGUAAGGAGCGAUGCUCGUGUGUCCUCCCUCACUCUGAAGUAUGUCAAGUAUACAGAUGCUGGUCAGUAUUUCUGCAAAGCACGCAGUGCCAUUGGAGAGGAUGAACAAACUGCUUUUCUGGAGGUUCGAUAUACGCCUAAGAUCCACGGGACUGUUGCGGUUUACACCUGGGAGGGAAAUCCGGUCAAUAUCAGCUGUGAGGUCAAGGCCUUCCCCACCGACGUGUCAAUCUUUUGGCUGAGGGAUGGAAUACAGCUUCCAAACUCAAACACCACCAACAUCAAGAUCUUCAGAACUCCUUUAUCCAGCUACCUACAGAUUACACCCGAGUCUGAAAAUGAUUUUGGGAGCUACAACUGCACCGCCUCAAAUGAGAUGGGCACCGAAUCCAAAGAGUUCCUGCUCAUUCAGGCUGAGGUCCCAUCAGCUGUAGUCAUCGAUGAGGUGAGGCCUUUCUCCACCACCGCUCUGAUCACGUUCGUGGAGCCUGAAUCUACUGGAGGCGUUCCUGUUCUGAAGUACAAAGCUGAGUGGAGGAUGCAGGGAAGGGGCGGCUGGAUGCAGAAAGUCUACGAGGUCCAAGAUGGCUUCAUCAAUGAAGUGACAAUUAAGGGCCUGAAGCCAGAGAGCCGCUACGAGGUGAAGCUGUCAGCCAUUAAUGGCAAGGGGGAAGGAGAGAGCAGCUCCACCGAGUUCUUCAAGACGGAGCCUGUUCCCCCCCUUAACAAAAACGACCUUUUUCAUUUUUUCACUGACAGCACAGAAGGAAAUCCUAAUCCUCCCAAACUUGAAGGGUCACUGCAGCCUAAAGGCAACUCCCUCAAAGUCAGCUGGAUUAAGCAGGAUGAUGGCGGAUCUCCCAUCCUGCAUUAUCUCGUGCGCUACAAACCAAUCCAGGCGUCAGACUGGAAGCCCGAAAUCCGGAUGCCCAGCGUCAGCGAUUACGUCGUCCUGCGCGGACUAGAGUGGGACACAGAGUAUGAUGUGUACGUGGUGGCUGAGAACCAGAAGGGGAAGUCGCCACCUGCAAGCAUGUCCUUCAGGACAUCUUCAGAGCCAGAGGCCAUUCCAGAUCUGGGCGACGAGGGACCGUUCUCCAUGAACAUCAUGCUCUGGGCAGGAAUCCUUGUUGUAGUAUUUAUACUGCUGCUGCUAGCAGUGGAUGUCACUUGUUACUUUGUCAACAAAUGUGGCCUUAUCAUGUGCCUGUGUGGAAAAUCAGGCACAGGGACUAAAGGGCACACUUUGGAGGAAGGCAAAGCUGCUUUUGUGAAAGAUGAGUCCAAAGAGCCCAUAGUGGAAGUCAGAACGGAGGAUGAGUGCACAGCCAAUCACAACGCAGCUGGACCCAUGGAGCCCAAUGAAACCACACCUCUCACAAAGCCAGAGCUGGUGGCUUCUCUGGCACUGGACACCCCCUCCUCCGUAGCCACCAACUCUGACACAGCCACCGCAACAGUCGAUCCUGCUCAGGAAAGCCCCUCUAGCGAGACAACCACACUCACUUGCAGCCUGUCCACCCUGGCCAACGAGCCCUCGCCCACCCCGCUCACUGCUCCCGCCCCGACCCCCGAGUCCAACACCGCCCCGCCGACCCCCGUCAUCUCCUCGACGGCCGUCGAAGCUAAAAUGGGGCCGUUGCUUGAAGAGAGGGGGAGUAAGCCCCCGGAAGAGCCGGAAAAGACCAACAAUCCUCCUCCUACCCCCGAACAGUGUAGACCUCCGAAAUCUGGAACACCAAUCCCGCCGAAGCGCAGACACUCUCCUAAACUCGCCGCUCUGAACGCUAAGAACAGUCCACCAGUUUCCCCUCUCGCCGUUUCUUCUCCUCCCACCCCAGACGCCAAGAAACACGCGCCGAGCCCGCCGGUCGCCAAGCCGGCCCCACAGCCGAACACCGUAGCCUUAAGCAAAGAGUCGCCAGCGCAAACUGAAAAAAACGCCGCUCCUCCAAAGCCAGGCGCCGACUCUAAACCCGGUGUUCCAGAUCCCCCCGCAUACGGCUUUACUGCCUUUAGUCCAGACAAACCUACCGAUAAUAACAUCCCCACUACAAAACCGCCUCCCAGCGCCGCUCCUUCAGAUAUCCCCAAUGCUGCUGAAGACCCCCACGCUGAAAGUCCUGCCUCUCUAUUGGCAGACAUCCCCUCGCCUUUACCCAUCACUCCGAUCGCUUCAGCCGUUCCGAACGAUCUCCUCACGCCGAGGUCCGACCUGUACGACUUUACAGCUCCGGGCGCGGGGCACAAAAACCCAGGUUUAGAGUUAGAGCUGAGGAACGGCACAGGAAGACCCUCUCGGCCCCUCUCAGACCUGAUUAGCUUAGAGAGCCCGUCCGCGGCCCCCUCCCUGCCCAGUGGACGCGAAGCAGACUUCCCUCCCUCAGGCCAUGCUCUGGAGGCUUCAGAGACUCUCAAGACCGCUCCUCCUGUCAACGAUGAGAAGAUGUUUGCCGAUGAGAAAGGCAAACUGGAGGCGGGAGACACCCUGAUCUCUUCAGCUCACAACAGUGUCAUACAGACAAAUACGACAGAGAGCAAAGUAUGAUGGGCCAGCGGGGGGGAAACACAAACCCGAGCCGGUCAUACUUUUUCAGCGGCAGUGGCAGGAAAAGCGUUUGUUUUUUUAGUGCCCUUAACGCAUUUAACACCACACACACCUCCGUCCAUCCGUUUAGAGCGCACUUGGACGUCUUUCGUUUCUUAAAACGCUUACCGCACCCACAGAGUUUAUCUUUAGAUCAUAAGAGAUUUAUUUAUUUUCAAGUCUCAUUUUUAUUUAACCAGUCCGGACACUUUGAGUACAACUUGGACCGCCUCAUGAAUAUGUGAAACUUUAAACGUGCGUAGUUUUAACUGCGCACGAGUACUGGGUUAUUAUGAGAAAUGUAAAUGUAUGGGGAGGGGAAAAAAGGACUAUAUAUAGAAAUUAUUUUUCUUAUUUUAUUGUUCUAUUGUGCAAAUUUGAAACUGUUUAUUUUAUUUUUUUUAUUUGACUUUUUGUGGGCUAGUCUCUAAGUAGGUUGUUCUGCAUGUCUGCCCUGCAAGUGGUUGUAAAGUUUUCACUGUGUCUGUUACAGGGAUUUUUAAAGCUGGCAUCGAUUUAAACAAAGGCCCGACUUCAGUAUUUAGAUUAUGACCAUGCAGUGCCUUGCAAAAGUAUCCAAGUAUUCAGAACCCUGAACUUUUUCACAUUUUGUCAAAUCUCAGCCACCAAACCUCAAUAUAUUUCAUUGGGGCUUUUUGUGUUAGACCAACACAAAGUGACACUUACUGUAAUUGAGAAGUUGAAGAGAACUGAUACAAGGUGUUUACUUUUUUUUUUUUUUUUGCAAAUCCAAAUCUGUGUGGCAUUCAUUUGUACUAAGCCACCCUGGGUAAUACUUUGUAGAACCACCUUUGGCCGUUUUUACACAUCUUUGCUAAUUAGCUCCAGCUCAAUCAGAGCAUCUGUAAACGUCAGCCUCAAUUCUUUUCACAGAUUCCGAGUCUAAUUUUUAUUAAAAAAUUUUUGCAGGCCUUUCUAACACAGAAAUGGGAUUUAAGAUAAACCACUCCAAGGUUUAGGGUGAAUGUUUAGGGUCGUUGUCCUGCUAGAAGGAGAACCUCUGCUCAGGUCUCGAGAGGUUUUUUAACCUCUAAUUGGUUUUCUUGCUGAAUUGCGCUGUAUUUAUCUCCGUCCAGCUUCCCAUCGAAUCUGACCGGCGUCUCUGCCCCUGCUAAAGAAAAAUCCCCACAGCAUGAUGCUGCCACCACUGUCUUUCACAGCGGACGCAGUGUGUUUGGGAUUUUUUCCACCACACGGGUUUUGCCUGCAGAGGAAAACGUUCAUCAGUAUCGUUUGACCAGAGCUUCUUAUUUCAAAUCUUUUCAGUUUCCCAUUUCCAGAUGAUGGAUCGAACAGCGUGUGAAAUGUUCAAAGCUUUGGGAUAUUUUUUUUUUUUUCAUAACCCAACUCUGCUUUAAUCUUCUCCACAGCUUUUUUUCCCCUGACCUGUCUGCUGUGUCCAUUUUUUCUUUAUACUGCUCUUUAUUCUCUAAUGUUCCCUAGUAAACCUCUGAGGCCUUCAUAGAACAACUAGAUUUAUACUGAGUUUAAACUAAACACCGGUGGCUUCCGAAAGCAAUCGAUCCCGCUGAAUUUAAUCAGGGGCUGUGUACAAAUGCACACCUAAUAUUUUCUGAAUUUUGUAAGUGAAACAUGUUUUGAAAGCCUCAUAUCCCUUUACCUUCCAUUUUUCGGAAUGACGAACAACUCUGUGUUCAGUUACAAAAACCCCAAUAAAAUACGUUAAAGUUUGUGGGUGUGCUGGGACAAAAUGUGAAGAACUUUAAGAGGUAUUAACACUUUGCAAGGCACAGUGUUUGUUUUAGUAAAAACAAUAAAAAAAAACAGAAAAAGCUACCGCUGCAGGAGGGAGAGAUGAGUUUCCGUGAUACUUCAGUGUGCAUGAUUAGAUCAGAUCUGGACCAAUUUGUCAAAUUUAUUCUGUCACUGCCUUACUAUAGUGCUGUUAAAUAUUCACAAUACCAUGCAUUUAACAAAAAAAGAAGCGUGUUGAGGGUACAAAGGAAAACAAACAAACAAAAAAAAAAGCCAACAGGACAGUUGUUAUAAAGCCAAGUGUUGAACUGUGGAACAAGUGAAGGUCACGUGACCUCCGGCUAAAUAAUAACACGCGUUUGUUUGGAGGACAAAUAUCGGGUUUUCUUCCUGACAUUUACGCAAAACAGAGCUCUGGUUAUAUAGUUUGGGAUUUGCAAAAAAAAUAAAUACAUAAAGAGCAUUUUUGUACUAUUUAAGAACUUAAGAAAAAAAAAAAUUUCUGUCCAUUCCUGCCUGAAAGCUUGUGCACUGUACCCGUGUGUCGGUAGACUGUCUCGUCAUCAGUUUGUAUGAUAACCUGUAUAGCUCUGUUGUUAUGGGAGGGGCCUAUUUUUUAUUUGGUGUAAUAGUAGACAAAAAGUGCAACACGUGGACUAAUGUGGUCAUUAUAACAAGUGUAGUGUAUAAAACUGUCCGUCUCUGGUCACAGCACUAUAUAUCGCCAGCUAUAGUGAGGGAAGGUGUUUUGAGCCUUGGCAUGAACUCAGUGCUUCAUAACGUAUAACUACAAGGUACGUAUAUGUGCCUGUGUCUAGUAAAGAGAAAACUCUUCUCAUAUUGAUUCAAUGUGUGUUCCCUGGGGAGCUUGUUCUGGCAUAAUUACGUCGUUUUUUUUUUUAUUAUUAUUUCUAUUCUCUGUGUUCUCUGGUGUGCUGUUUGGAUUUAUUUAUUUUUUUUUUUUGUCUUUUGUAUAAAAAUCACUCACCAAGAGCAGCUGCCUGAUGAGAGGAGCCCGUUGGCAGGAGCCACCUGUGCAAGAGGAAUAAAUCUUUUUUUUUUUUUUUUUUUUUUUUUUUU